AUGGCACCUAGAUCAAGAAAAAAUCAAAUUUCACACUUUAAUGUGAUGGUGGUUGGAUUCUCGGGCGUUGGUAAAACAUCCUUUGUCAGAACAUUGCUAGAAACUCUAUCCCUGGACCAAGCCAACACAAUCGCUAAUAAUGGCGGUAAGAAAAGACGUGAUUCAUUCAUGUCUGAAAAUUCCUCAGUUCUGGUUCAGGAACAGUUACAAGGUCCUAUUGAAAGAACAACACAGCCCUAUACUAUUUCCAGAGAGAUUGAGGUAGAGAAGAAGGAACGAAUCAUCUUGACCAUCAUAGACACACCUGGUUUCGGUGCCGAGUACCUCGUCGAUAAGCAACUACAUGAUAUCACAAAGUACAUUGAACAUCAAUUUGACUUGGCUUUGCAAGAGGAGUCAAAGGUGAAACGUAACCCAAAGGCUGUCGACACACAGGUUCAUUGUUGCUUAUACUUUAUCGAUCCCAAGAAAUCAGCAUUAGAUGAAUUCGACAUUCGCAUCUUGAAGAGGCUUUCGAACCGUGUCAACGUAAUCCCCAUCAUCGGUAAAGCAGAUAACCUCACUUUGGCUCAAAGAAACCGUUUGAAGCCUUCCAUCAUCAAAGACAUCUAUACCACCUAUAAAAUUCCUAUAUACGGAAUGCCAGAUGAUGAAGACGACGACGACGAAGAGGAAGACAACGACGAAGAGGGCAGCAAAAAGGAAGCAAAACCAACCACGCUCGAUCAGUUUCUUCAACAGUUCGACUAUGAAAAAGAAGACAACGACACUCAAUCCGUAUUGGAUUAUUUGCACACGAUUCCCUUCACAGUUAUCGCCUACGAAGAUGAGCCAGAGACUGGAAAUCCUAUUGAGAUCAGUCCAGAGAUCAAGUUGGGUCGUGAUUUUGGAUGGGGAUCCAUUGAUUGCUUGGGCGAAAAGUAUAGCGACUUUGUCAAGCUCAAGUACAUGCUGUUGUCUUCUCAUCGUCGUUAUUUACAACUAGAUACUGUGGAGAGAUACUACGAGCAAUACCGUACCGAGAGAUUGAUGUAUAAGAGAGCCACCAAAAUUGGCAUGGUUGCCCCUCCUGUUGCUCCUUCAUCCUAA